AUGGGGCUCGAGCCGCCAGGAAUAGGAGUCACCGCAUUAGAUGGAGAUCCCGGCGCGUCGGGCGCGGGAGUCGCAGCAGGCGCGUCAAGCUACGCGACGGCGAUUGCUUCGACGAGCUCGGCGGGCGACGAGGACCCGGGCGGGUUCGACGACCCGCUCUCCGCGCACGGCCUGGAGCUGCGCGGCCGCGGGCGCGGAUCCGGCGGCGCGCCGAAGUUCCCGGUGAACGCGGAGCUGAACGUUAAGGUGUACGUGUGGCGCGGCGCGCCGUGGGCGCUGGAAGUGGACGCCGUGGUGAACUCGACGAGCGAGAGCCUCGACCCCGCGCUCUCGUCGCCCGGCCUGCACGACGAAGCCGGCCCGGGGCUCGCCGAGGAGGAUGCGUGGGAGGGGGGCGGGGAUGUGGUUAGUUGCAGUUCACGGGAGAAUGCUGCAGCUGUUUCUCAUUCUUCUCCCUUCUCCUUCCGUCCUGCCAACUUUCCCACCUACGUCCAUCCCUCCGCUCUUUUUCCCCUGUUCUCCCUUCCUCACGACAACCCCCUCCCCCCUGGCAGCAUAGCGCUGCUGCCCAUCUACUCAGAGGCGAAAGGGUAUCCCAGGGAGCCCGCUGCUCACGUUGCCAUCCGCACGGUGAGGCGGUUCUUGGAGAAGCAUGGGCGGGGCAUGGCAGCGGUGGUGUUCUGCAUCCAGACGGACGACGACCACCUCAUCUACAAACGGCUGUUACCGCUGUACUUCCCGCGGGACAGCAGCGAGGAGGUGGCAGCGCAGUCGCUGCUGCCAGCGGACGUGGGCGAUGAGAAUGGCGAGAUUGUGAUCGCGGAGCGCAUGAUCCGCAUCUCCAAGAUGCCCUGCCUGCCCUCCUCUGCCAACAGCGCGUCAACAUCAAGUGCGCUCAUCCCAGCACAACCUCCCGGGCAGCUGUCCCUCUCCUCCACGUUCGACGACUCGCUCCUAGACCCAGCGUUCAUCAGCAUGGCCAAGGACCCCGACCAGCGCCGCGUGGAGCAGCGCGAGCACGCCGUGGCGUCGGCACAGACGGGGUGGAUCUGGCUGUGGGCGCGCUGCCUGGGGCUCGACCUGGGGGACACUGUGGUGUCGCUGCUCACUGCGGGCGAGCAGCUUGCGCUGCAUGGGCGGUACCUGGCACGCGCUGAGAAGCUGGACCUCACUGAAGUGCAGGACAUGCGCAUCAUGUACCGGGGCGGCACGGACUCAGCGGGGCGCAGUGUGAUGGUGGUGGUGGGGGCGCACUUCCUCGUGCGCUGCCUGGACCUCGAGAGCUUCAUCUUCCAUGCUGUCAAGGAGUUUGAGCCCAUCCUUCACCGUCCCUUCACCAUUGUUUAUUUCCAUGCCGCCACAACCCUACCAGCCAUGGCUGAUUAUGGGUGGAUGAAGCGCCUCCUGAAUGUGCUCGGGCCCAAGUUCAGAACGAACCUGCAUACGGUGUAUGCAGUUCAUCCAGACAUGCGGCUCAAGGGAACUGUGUGGGGCAUGCAACUGCUGGUGGACCCUCUGGUGUUCAAGAAAGUGAAGUAUGUGGGCAGAUUGCUUGAGCUGUUCAGACACGUAUCGCGAGAACAAAUAACAAUACCAGAGUUUGUCUUUAU